AUGAUGAUAAUUUGUAUAUUUUCAGUAAAAACAGACAGACAAGAAGGUUUUCAUAUAGAUUUAGAUGAUUACUUGAUGGGACUCUUGCAACUGGCCAGUGAAUUGUCGAGACUGGCAGUAAAUUCGGUGACAGCUGGUGACUACGGUAGACCAAUGAGAAUUGCAAAGUUUGUGGGAGAGCUAGACUCCGGUUUUAGACUACUCAACCUUAAAAAUGAUUCACUGAGAAAAAGAUUUGAUGGUCUGAAAUAUGACCUGAAGAAAGUAGAAGAAGUUGUGUAUGACCUGACAAUUCGUGGAUUAAAGCCAACAGAAUGAAUACUUUCUAUGAUCUUUAAACUGGGAACAAUUGUUUUCUUUUUUAUAAAAACAAAGCUGUAUUUUGUUAUAAGCUUGACUAUUUGAAGAAUAGGGAGGGCUAAUGUACUCACCCAGGUGUUGCAUUGGUGUUGCCUUCACACUUUGGUUAAGUUUUUGCGUGCAAGUUUGUAUCUCAAAAAAACUGAAGGGAAUGGGUUGAAACUUCAUACUUCUGAGAGGAAAAAUGUCUUAAAGGUGGUCACUGUCCAAGGCCCAUAACUCUAACAUGGAUUUUUACAGAAUUAUGUCCUUUUUGAAGGUGAAAAUUCUACAUUAUCCAGGUUCUGUUUCACUAUCAAGCACUGAGAGUAGUCGAACACACUGUUAAACUGACAGCUCUUGUUGAUUUUUUUUUAUAUCUACCUAGCAAUGGCAGCUAAUUACUUCAUUUGUAAGGCAUUAUGGUUUUGUUAUGUACAUAUUAUCUGGGUGGCACAGAUGUUAUAUUGAAUGUUUUAUAAUUCUUUACUUUAAUGCUAAAUGAAAAAUAAAUUCAAACUGCAAAAUGU